GUCUUCAGGGCAGAAAGCUGACUCCGCACUCACGCACGGACUAACACGCAGUCGACCGAAACCGCUAGUGCGAGUCGGAACUUAUGAUCAGCAUGUUUUCCGUUAAAAGUGAGGCGGAAACAUUUGUCCGAGGGGCCUCAAAUGGAUCAUCUCAACACAACCGGCCUUCUUUCUACCACCGAACAUGGGCCGAACUUUGAUCGACACCACCCAAGACCAGAACACGACCUGUCAUUGACGAACUUCCGAGUUUCAGCUUAACAUAACCGUCAAAAAUACCACCCGAACCCUUCUUCCAAGUUCUGACUGGGACCCCCCCGCACCCCCGACUAAAACUGCUAUCUGGAGUCCGGACGAGAUUCGGCAGGGCGGUGAACCCGUGACAGUUGGGACGUGUGCCGAUGCGGGGGGCUGCGGUGCGGGCCUCUGUCCGGGCUCUUCAGGCGGGAUGGUGGAAGGCCAAGUUGAAGUUCAGCCCCCCCUCCCCGCCUCCCCUUUGUGUUAGUCAGCAGAAAAUGGCCGCAGCUGCAGCAGGGAGAGCCGGAGCUCUGGUGUCCAACUAAAACUGAACGCAACAUUUUGUGAACUCCGAGCAUGCGCACAAACCACCUCGGUGACGGAAAAAAACCCAACAAGCUAACAGAACCUUGGAAGUUCUGCGCGCGCACACGCGUGUGUGUACAUUUCAAACGGAUGUUUUCUGGAUCCUCAGGAUGAGUUCCAUCCAUUCAUCGAGGCUCUGCUGCCACAAGUACGCGCCUUUGCCUACACCUGGUUCAACCUGCAAGCCAGGAAGAGGAAGUACUUCAAGAAGCACGAGAAGAGGAUGAGCAAGGAGGAGGAAAGAGCAGUGAAGGAUGAGCUGCUGGGGGAAAAGGCUGAGGUGAAGCAGAAGUGGGCAAGCCGCCUACUGGCCAAGCUGAGGAAGGACAUCCGUCCGGAGUGCAGGGAGGACUUUGUGCUGUCUGUGACCGGGAAGAAGGCAGCCUGCUGCGUGCUGUCCAACCCCGACCAGAAGGGCAAGAUGAGGCGCAUCGACUGUCUGCGGCAGGCGGACAAGGUGUGGAGGCUGGACCUUGUGAUGGUGAUCCUAUUUAAAGGGAUCCCUCUGGAGAGCACGGAUGGGGAGCGGCUGCUGAAAGGGGGUCAGUGUUCGAACCCCCUCCUGUGCGUGCAGCCGCGGCACAUCUCUGUGUCCGUGAAGGAGCUGGACCUCUACCUCGCCUUCUACGUCCAGGACCGAGAGUCCGAGUCGUGCAACAGUCCCAGCCAGGCCGGCGUUGGUUCUGAUCAGGAAGACAGUCGGACCACCACAAUGGAUGCUCCGGAGUUCCAGGAGACCUUCGUUACAUCAGGAGUCUUCAGUGUUGCUGAGCUGGUCCGGGUCUCGAGAACUCCUGUGGUGACGGCAGUCGGGCCGGGCUUCUCCAUGGGGGAGCUCCAGGGUCACCUGGCCUAUGACCUCAACCAGUCGGUCAACCAGGCAGUCGGCCUCCGACGUUCACUGGCGAGCACAUCAUCCAGUGGGAGCAAGCGGCACAAGUCUGGAUCCAUGGAGGAAGAGGCGGAGAGUCCGGGAGGCGAGUACUACCACUCGCCUUCCUCUCCAGCAAGCAGCUCCAGAAACUGGACAGACGACAUGGAAGGAGGAGGUCCGUCUCCUCCAGUGAAGAAGGCAGAGAUGGACAGUCCCUCCCCCCAGGAAGGCUCUCCAAGGAUGGGUUCCUACACUCAGCACCACCGUCCUGUCAUAGCUGUGCACAGUGGUCUGUGCCGGAGUCCUCACCCUUCCUCAACACUUCACUUCCCGUCGUCCUCCUACUUCCCCCACGGAGCCAUCCGUUAUCCGCCUCACUUGGCCCAGGACCCCCUCAAAGAUCUGGUGUCUUUAGCCUGUGACCCCGCUAACCAAACCCCCACCUCACUUAAUGGAAGCACCCAGGUCAAAGUGCCUGCCCACUACAUCUCUUCUCAGAUGUUGGCUCCCCCUGGGCCAGCCCCCUCCCUGUCCGGUCCAGUGUCCGCACUUCUUAGACCGACGCUUCCUGCCGAGUCUAAGGCCAGCACCACCUCCAGUGACGGAGGAGCAAGUUCCCCAACGUCCCCGACAUACUCUGCUCCCGGGACACCCCCUGCCAAUCGGUCCCCUUUUGUUGGAGUCAGCCCUCGGGACACAGGUGGACUCUACCAGGCCCAGUCUUGGUACCUGGGAAACUAAGGAAGGUUCUGAUGGAGGCUGACCACUGCAGAGAUGGCACCGCUGGAGGGAAACUGUCUUUCACUUUUGUGAAUGAAUCAACUCUUUAGCAUUUUUUUGAUGCAUUCACACAUGUGGAGAGUCAGAAAGCGUCUUCUGGACUGAACAUGAAGCUGCAGCUACACUUUGAACUUCUAUUGGACCUGAACUCAAACCAGAACUUAGCGGACUAACAGAAGGCUUCUAACCUAGCUGAUGAUAGGACCAGGUCCACUACAUGGGAUGUGUUGAUGGGUCUAGAUAGAUCCCACAACCUUAUCCUGAACUCCUGGAAUGAUCCUGUGUGCCACAGGUGCUGGUUCUGAUAUGCAACAAGCCUUCCGGAUCUCCUCGGACACAGAGCUCCUCUUUUUACUGUUUCUUUGCACUUUGAGCUGAGCAAUGCAGCAGGACGGAUCUCCUUCUCGUCUAGAACCCACAGAAGCUUCCACCAACACGAACAAUCAUCAGCCUGACCAUGAAGACUAAGUCUGAAAGCCAGAGCUCAUGUGAGACCUAGAGACCCGCCUCGGCCCAGGUUCUGAGAGACCCGGGCUCUGGACGCUCUGUUCUCACACGCCUGCCUUAGUCAAGCUGGUGUAAUUGGGAAAUUGUGUGUUUUUGACCCUGAUUUAAAUGGGUUUGCUGGAAAUGAGCAUCACUUAAAAUUGUGUGUGUGCAUGGAGGGGGGUUUGGACACAGGAGCCACAUGUAUGACAGGUAGAAACAGAACAAAUUAUGAGAAGUUCUGCAGAACCUGAUGAAGAACACUCAGGCUUGCUGCUCUCAUCCAUCCUGCUCCCGGUGAGCAGAGAGAAAGUUUAUUACGAAGACCUCAGCAGCAGAACCAGUUUUGGGCAUGGUUCUGAUCCGUUGGUUUAGUUAGAAAACAGGGGUUUCUGAGCAAAUCAGCUGCAGAACCAUCCUGGUGGUAAUCGUCACGUCACUCUUUCUGAAGACAGGUUUUAGGCUUCAGCUGCCAAAUGUUGAUGUUUCAAGCAAUAAAUAGGCUGCAGCACCACUCCCUCAUCAUGCCACAUGGUGGCACCUUGAGCAAAAGUUCUUUUAAGCAGGAUGAAGGUCAAUUUGGAGAGGACCCAAGUCAUCAAAGUCUGGACAGAACCCAGGUUGAGUUAUAUUCUAAGCUGCGUUGGGCCUUCAUGACAUUUCACUUAGAGGUACCUGUGACACACACAUAUGCACGGUUUUACCGUGAACAUUGAUCUGCUCACCUAUGUACAUGUGGCUCCUGGUGUAUGGGUCAGACAGGUUCUGGAGUUGGCUGUGAGGGUUGAGAUGGGGUUCUGCUCAGGCUAAUAAAGGUCCCGGUUCUGUUUGGAUCGUCUCUGCACUCAGGACUCUGACAGAAACACUAAAGUGGACCUGGGUGUUCUGAAGCUCGGUUAACUCUGCAUGCUGCUGCAAAGGUUCUGUUCGUUCCGGAUGAGUGCAUGGCUCAGACUGAUGAUGCCUCUUCAUCUCCAACUUGCUCCUCUUCCUCAAGCUCUUGCAGCUUCUAUUUUGCACGAUCCUUCAUGAACACAUUAUGUGCCUUGGCUUUAGUUAGAAAACAGUAACGCUUUAUGGAGCUGGAAGCACUUAAAAAAGCAACGUGAUGACCUGACUGGAUGCAGCAGGCAGUUAGUGGGCGGAGCUUAGCAGCUAGCUGCGGUAGAAUUAUCCGAGUUUAGAAGAGGUCCCUGAACGUCUCGCAGAGUAGAUGUAACCUGGUGGCUAAACGUGUUCGCCUUGUGUGAGAAUGAAGGGGGGCUGCAUCAGGAACCUGGUCCAGGUUCUGUGCUGUAAUUUGUUGGGUUCUUCUAGGCGUCAGGGAUUCGGACAGUGGCACUUUAAAAGGCUGCAGGAGUUCUGACCGUUCUCAAACAGGCGUGUCAGCAUUCGCCAGAGAGUACUAGAUGCAGGGAUGGUCUUUGUGUACAUACUGGCCGCACCCCUUGAAGGUUCUGCAGCCCCUCGACAUCCCACGUGUCAAAUCAUGUUACAUGAUGACGUGCACGCAGUGCUGAACUUGUUUACUUUGGCUUUUGAAUUUUGGGUAACCAUCAACGUCUUGUCAUGAAGUACUGUCUAUAAUUACAGCUUUAGAGUGUAUAAAAAAGCAGACAGUAAUGACCUAUAAUAUAUAUGUAUUUUUAAACAUUCUCGUGUCUUGUGCUUAUGUAUUUCUUAGUUAAUGGCCUGAAACUUAAACCCAUGAAAUGGGUUUGACGUGUUAACGUCGAGGAACACCCUGAUGAAGGAGGAAGAGCACCCAUGAUGCAAGUGAUGGACAGUCAAGGAUGUGAGGGGAAAGGAAGUGGAGGUUGCCUUUAAAAAACCCAGAGGUAGUGAAUGAUACACGAAUGUGUGGCAGGUUGCGACUAACUCAGUGUUUCAUUAGUGUGACGCCACCUGCCACCUGGGUGCUGCUAGUCCAUGAAGGUCUGGACAGACUGACUGCGUAAAAAGGCAGGCGCAUGACGCAGAGCAGCACUGAGAGUCAUGUGACUGGAUCUGAUGAGAGAAUUUCCGGAUGUCCUGUUGGAGGUCAAGAAAGAAAGUGGUCAUGAAUGGACCUGCUCCUGUGCCGUUUCAGAAAGGAAGAGCAUUAUGUGGAUUGACUUGAUGUAGGACUGCUGGUUUUUGGUGCUCUGAGUAAAGCCCAUUUGUCUGAAAGUGGCUCACAGGGACGUUUUUAAAUGUCGGUGAAGAAGAAACAGAUGUUUGAAUGUCCAGGCGUGUGCAUUGUUUGUAAAUCUCUUCUGUGUGGGUUUCUCUGUGAGGUUCAUGUUGGCAGGAAGACAGGCGAGGCCAAAACCAGGGUCAGAUUAUGUGCUAAACCAACCAGCAGCGACAUGAACGAGAACCAAAAAUAUUUAGCUAAAGCUGUGCCUGUGGUCAGACUGUUGGCUGCUCUUGGUCAGCAGUUUGUGAUGUAUGCAAACACACAAUGCCAUCUGCUGUGCAGGUCCAAAGGGGAGAAGCCAUAAAACAAUCCAAAGAGUUACAAUGAAAAUGCUGACCCCGACCUUUGACCUGAACCUGCGUUCUGCUUUUUUCUGGGGCACUGAAGAGAUCCCAUCUGAGAAGAAGCAGCCGUCAUGUGAGGAGUUCCAGUGUCUGCUUCCCCUUUAGUGCACCAUACUGACCCUUAAUCCCUUGUUUGUACUUUAACGCAUCAUCUUUCUGUAGCCGUGCAAUCUGGAGAUAUCACAUGACACAGUCCUGCUGGUCGUGGGAGUUUGCUCUUGUGGCGUCAUGAGGACGCGUCCUGUUUCUCCUGAAAGCUCCCACCUUUGUCUUCAGUCUGACGGCUGUUCAACUGCAUCUGUUGCCAUGGAAACGUUUGCCACUCUGCCUGACCGUUGCAUCAGUUCACGUCACCUCCUUACUCUGUUAUGGGCUCUGAAAACUCGAACUAAGGUGGAAUGGCUGUGUGGGAGGGGCUUAGUGUUCAGGUGGGGCUUGACUGUAAAUGUGUCUGUAAUUUGCUGCGUUGUCAAAGUGGUCAUACUGUUUUUCUGAAUCCUCAGCCGGCUCAACAGAAGCAUCCUUUUCUGAGAUGUUUCGGUUUGGUCGGCCGUUUCACUCCGGCUUCCUGGUAGUUUUUUAUUCCCCUGCUGUGAUGCAGGCGCGAUGCUGCUUUUUUCCCUCUGCCUGCUCUGUCGCUGCACUCUUUGCUCUGAAGACACUUUGUAAAAGAUGAAAGGAUUUUUCUUAGAUGCACUUUUCAGUAAUUUUUUCAUUCUGAUCAUUUUAAAGGUGUUGGAACAAACUGCUCUCCUUUUCCAGUGUUUGUACUUGUACAUAUCUCUCACACCCGCUAUUGUGGGCAUGAUAAGAUUUCAUAUGUUACUGCAUGAAUAGGCUCCACUCCUGAGCUGUGCACACAGGUUGUGCUUCAUCAUUAAACGUCGCUGCCAGCCAUCAACCCGACAGGAGGCGCCGGAACUUGGUUUGGUUUGUGUGUUUUGGUCAGGGCAGCAUGUUUGCAUGGCUCCUGUCUGUCUCCAUCAGAAUGGGUCGACCCAUGAAAGACUCAGCAAGAACAAUGCCCCAACUGCACAGGUGAGUGGGGGCGGAGCUUCUGAUGUCGGUGCUGGUUUUCUGUGGAAAGGGCUCCUGCUCUGGACCGGAGCAGCUUUUUUUUUUUUUUUUUUUACCCACGACGCUGAAGCAGGAACCGUCUUAUAUCCACGCGCCUCUGAAUUUCCAGCACUCCGGGUUUUUGAAUGUAUUUGAGUCUGAGCAGCACGUGCACACGACAGGUGUGCUUUCCACGUGCGCUGGGGAAAAUGAACUUACUGAUGAUAUGCCUUUAGAACCAUACUUACCACUGUUAUCUACAGAUUCUGACUUCAUUACUGGAAAUGAGGAUGUUUCCCUAUGCAAAAUUACCAUGAAUAAAGAAGCUAUACCAUAGA